CCGUGAAUUAACGUCUCAAACUCGGUCUCAUCUGGUGGAGGACGCUACCGCUCGAGUGCUCCUUAAACCGACCCCGUUUCCCUUCCCCUGCUACGCCCUAAUCCCUCUCUCUCUCUCUCUCUCUCUCUCGCUUCCCCUCACCCUCCCUCUUAAUUUGUGUUUGUGGGUGUAGUGGGGAAUGGGGAGCGAAGGAACAUACGAAGGAUUCGUCGUCUCCAGGAUUCGAAUCAAUCUCCAAAAGGUAAUCUUGAAGAGUUCUUCCCAUCACUACUUUUAGGAUUAUUCCUAGAAUUUUUGUUAAAAAGAAUAAAAUUUUCCACUUCUUUUUGCGUAUAUUUUGAUGCGAUAAGCAUGAGAGGUGAUUAGGAUCUGUUUAUUAACCUAUUCUGCCGAGUUUUAUGGUGGGUGGAUUGCACGGUUUUCAACAAUUUAAAUUGUGAAGAUCUCGCCUGUUUGAUCCGUUUCUGGUUGUAGGGGCUGUUUAGGGGUUCAUUGGAAGGGACAAUUUCUAAGCUUUGUUGCCCUAAAAGAUUCUAUUUUGGUGCUAUUUUUGGGGAAGGGACAAUUUCUAAGCUUUGUCGCCCUAAAAGAUUCUAGUUUGGAGCUAUUUUUGGGGGAGUUUUGAGGGCAAUUGGCAAUUGGGUUUCUCUUAGUUUGUGAAAAAAUUGAUGGUUAUUUGUCUAAGUUAUCUAACAAUUUGUUGUUUCUAGUUACUUUGUGAUUGGGGAAUUUUUUUCAUUUUUUAUUUUUAAAAAUCCUAUUUUUGGUUCUAAUUUUGGGGGUGUCUUGCUUGGUUGGGUUUGGUUGGGGAAGCGGCUUCCUGAGUUUCUUCUGGUUUAUCCAAAUUUGAUGGUUGGAUUUAUGGAAUGGACCUGUGAUUGCUUCUUGUGGGACGCGUUUAUCGAAUGCGGUGGGAUUCGGAAUCCGCCGAUUAGAUAGCGUUAGAGGAAGAGGAGGAGGAGGAGGAGGAAGAAGAGGAGGAGGAAGAGGAAUUGGAGGCAGUUGAAAGGAGCAAAGUGAGUAAAACAGCUAUGGGAGAAGACCUCCUCACCACUCUCUCCAUGGAGAACCACCACCCCUCCACCCUCCUCUCCUUCUCUGCGGACGCCACCCCCCACCAGUCGUGGAGCUCUGAUUCUUGCGACAUGUUCGACGCCUGCCUUGCUCCGCAGAUCUACGACCCCGAGCCGGCCGCCCACCUCCCGAAAUCUGGCCAUCAGCACCACCGCAAGUGCGCAAAGAGAGGGGAUAGCAUUUGGGGCGCGUGGUUCUUCUUCACCUUCUACUUCAAGCCCGCUCUGUCCGAUAAAUCUAAAAGCAAGGCGGCCCGUGAUGCGCAUGGAGUAUCAGGCUUCGACAAAUCUGACCUCCGGCUCGACGUUUUUCUUGUCCAGCACGACAUGGAGAAUAUGUACAUGUGGGCUUUUAAGGAGAGGCCGGAGAAUGCCCUAGGCAAGAUGCAGCUCAGAAGCUAUAUGAAUGGGCACUCUCGGCUCGGAGAACCACAGUUCCCAUUUAGCGUUGAUAAGGGUUUCGUCAGAUCCCACAAAAUGCAAAGAAAGCAGUAUCGAGGACUGUCGAACCCGCAAUGUGUUCAUGGUCUUGAGGUGGUGAGAUCCCCCAAUUUAAAUUUGGUUACAGAAUUAGACCGUAAGAAAUGGAUGGAGCUUACUGGAAGGGAUAUAAAUUUUUCGAUCCCACCUGAAGCUAGCGAUUUUGGAUCAUGGAGGAACUUAUCUAAUACAGAAUUCGAGCUCGAAAGGCCUCUUCCUUCUCUAAAAAACAAUUCUUCGCAUCCCCAUCAAAGGAAGCUUCUUAAUGGGUCAGGUCUUAACUUAUCAUCCUCCCCUUCAACCCAUUCUAAUGGUGAUGGAAUGGAUCUCUCUCCCGUUUGCAGCAAACGUAGGAUGGAUGAAGAAUGCUUCUUACCAUUAAAUUCUUGCUCUGAAAAAAGCCUAGAUGUGGAAAUGCACUCGAGUGAGCCAUUGUGGUUACAUGAGUUCAGCGGUGUGAUGAAACAAGCGUGCGGGCCCGUGACUGCUGCGAAGACCAUAUAUGAGGACGAAGAGGGAUAUCUUAUCAUGGUUAGCUUGCCUUUCGCAGAUCAAAGAAGGGUAAAAGUUUCUUGGAGGAAUAAUGUAACUCAUGGGAUAGUGAAAAUCCUUUGUGUGAGUACCGCUCGCAUGCCAUUUAUAAAGAGGAGAAGUCGGACUUUCAAAUUGACCGACUCCAACCCCGAGCACUGCCCUCCGGGGGAGUUUAUAAGGGAAAUUCCGCUUGCCACGCGAAUCCCCGAAGAUGCCAAGCUCGAAGCUUAUUAUGAUGAGAGUAGUGCAGUUCUCGAGAUUAUUGUGCCAAAGCAGCGAUCGGGAUCGGAAGAACAUGAAGUUCGUGUUUGUAUGCGACCUCCUCACCUUGGAGUAAAUGAUCUUAUGUUGACUUAGAAUAAUUCUAGUGAUAUAAUGUAAUGUGUGUAUGAUUGAUUGUUGGGUCAUGGUUUCCCAUGUUUACUAACCUGAAUCGUGGAAGGAAACAUGUAAAAGUUGAAGUUUAUCAACCGUAAUGGGGAAUGUCUUCAGUUGGUAAUUUGUUGCUGAAGAUUUGUUGUUGUCUAAUGUAUGAUCGUAUUGCUUAGUAGAAUUAUUUGAGAGAAAAAAAAAGAAAGAAAAUGGUUGUUUGGAUGGUGA